AUGUCUGUAAGAAGUGAUUGUGCCCGUUCGAUUGACGGUAGUGCUCGCUAUGUUUAUUUGGAAGAAGCGCCAGCCCCUUCACGUCUUGAUAACGCACUCAUCAGCCAGAUGCGGCACAAUUCAUUGCAUCUGAUUCCAUUUUACGCUUUAGUGAUCAUCAUUGCAGCCAACGCUGGAGCAGCAUCAAGUGAGCUACAAGAUGAAUGGGUGCCGAGCGAUCAGUUCGAGUCCCUCUUCAGUGAAGAGGACGAGUUCGAUGAGGAGGACAUGCAAAUCAUGGGCUCGUUAUUCACACAAUUUUUGGCCGAUUCUGAAACUCAGCUCAUUCUAGACAUGGAUUUUUUCAAGCAUUUUUUCAAUUAUGCCGAGGCGUACAGGGACGGUAUUGAAGAAGGUAACUUGGACCUGAUGAGAUAUGCGGUGAAGUUUGUGGACAAACUCAAACAAUUUGACGUAUCUUCAGGUAAUUUCCGAUGUUCGUAG